UUCCGCAGUACGUAUCUUAAAGAUUAGAAGUGUUUUAGGUUUAUAACCGUUUGCUACCUUUAAUAAUAAUAAUUAUUAUAUAAGACUCUACGGUACCUUCUUACAGAAGAAAUAAUGGAAAAUUCUUCAAACAAAAAACAAAUAGUAUCAUCAAUUGAAGUUCCAGUUGACUCACAGUUCAAUGGAUCCACAGAUUUUAUACUGUCAGAAAGCCAUCAUGGCGAGGGUGAUGGCAAGCCUGAUGGCUGCUGUCAUAUGUGUCGUAAGAAAAUGGUCUACAAGCGUUUGCCAAUCUUGACAUGGCUUCCAAAGUAUUCAGCUGCAGAUGCAAUUGGAGAUCUUAUAGCUGGAAUCACAGUUGGAAUGACAGUGAUUCCUCAGGGAUUGGCUUAUUCUAGUGUUGCAGGGUUGCCACCUGAAUUUGGUCUUUAUGGAUCUUUCAUGGGCUGUUUGGUUUAUGUUGUCUUGGGAUCCUGCAAAGAUAGUACAAUUGGAUCAACAGCUGUCGCAUCACUCCUGGUUGGCCAAUCUUCAGAAGGAGUCUGGCAAAGGGCAGUUCUUCUAACCUUCCUAACCGGAUUGAUUGAGAUCGCGAUGGGUGUCUUACAUCUGGGAUUCUUGGUAGACUUUGUCUCGGGACCCGUGAAUUCUGGUUUCACAAGUGCUGUCGCUUUAAUCAUCCUUACGUCACAAAUGAAAAAUUUGUUAAAUGUCAAAGCGACGGGCAGCACAUUUGUAAAAAUGUGGGCGUCAGUACUGCAAAACAUCACUAAGUCCCACAUAUCUGACACAUGUCUGGGACUGAGUUCCAUAACAUUUCUAUUGACAUUUCGAUGGAUUGGAGGCUUGAGGGUUGGCCCAAAGGAUAGGAAUCUACAGACUUGCAAACAGAAGUUCAUAAACAAGUGUCUUUGGAUUAUGGGAAUUUCAAGGAAUGGAGUUCUGGUGAUUGCUUCCGCCUUGAUUGGAUGGUAUUUGGAUCGUAUUGGUAACCAAUAUUUUACUCUUAUCGGAGCGAUUCCACAAGGAGUUCCAAGGUUUUCACUGCCUCCAUUCUCAAUACCUGAAAUCCGUGGAAAUGGUACAAAUGGAGAAGAGAUCAUUAUUCAACAGGGAGAGACUUUCUCAGAGAUGAUAGGUCACAUUGGAUCAGGAUUGGUGGUGGUUCCUUUGAUUGCUCUACUGGAAAAUAUAUCAGUUUGCAAGGCUUUUGCAACUAGUAAGCCAAUUGAUGCCACUCAAGAACUCUUCGCUAUGGGCUUCUCAAACAUCGGCAACUCAUUCUUCCAGGGCUAUCGGGCAAAUGGUGGACUAGCAAGAUCAGCUGUCAACAAUGCCAGUGGUGUUCGAACUCCGAUGUCCAAUCUUUACAUUGGAUCGAUUGUGAUAUUGGCCUUGACCUUCUUGACACCGUAUUUCUAUUACAUUCCAAAAGCGACUUUAGCUGCUGUCAUCAUAGCAGCUGUCAUUUUUAUGAUCCAAUAUAAUGUGAUUGUUCCAAUGUGGAGAAGCAAAAAAAUUGAUCUGAUCCCAGGAUUUGGAGCAUUUUUCGCUUGUUUGAUUUUGCCACUUCAAAUUGGAAUCUUUGUGGGAAUUGGUAUAAAUAUGGUCUUUAUUUUAUACUACUCAGCUCGACCAAAAGUCAAUCUCAAUACCUUAGAGACUUCCAGCGGUCAGACAUUCUUGAUGUUUACACCUGAUCGUUGUUUGAUAUUCCCAUCGGUGGAGUUUGUUCGAAAUGUCAUUAAUAAAUCUGGAAUGAAGACUAAUGUUCCAGUUGUUGUUGAUUGUACCUAUGUUUAUGGUGCUGAUUUUACAGCUGCCAAGGCUGUUGCGAUGAUGGUUAAGGACUUUGAUUCGAGACAUCAAAAAAUAAUUUUUUAUAAUUUGAAACCAAGUGUUUCACAAGUUUUCGAAGGUUUAAAUAAUAAUUUAAUUUUGUGUUAUAGUAAGUCAGAUUUGGAACUUGAAUUGACUAAGGAGAAAUAUGUUGAAGCUCCUUAAAGUUUUGAUUUAUUC